UACUGCUGGAAAUCACAGAGGACAGAGACAGACAAUCUGAACGCUUCGUCGUGUGAACUUCUUGUCCCUCUUCUGUGCUGGCAUCGUGCCACGGACGGUCAGCGCCGUAUGAUGUGCCGUCCUGGCAGGGUGAUGAGAGGCUGGAUCGUUAUACUGCUCCUCCAUGCAUCAGCCUGUGCUGAUGCCCCCCACCCCCUGACGGAUGACCUUCCUGUAACAGAGCUCUACGUCGGUGUAGGCUCUACGUUCUCCACCGCCUGCGGGGGCGUGGAUGAGGGCCCGGGGGAGGUCGGGGUGGAGUGGAUGCGUAACGGGACAGUGCUGACCCCAGGAGGAUUCCUGACUCUACAAAACGUCAGUCUAGAGAGCGGAGGCAUUUAUACCUGCCACGCUGCCAACGGCACCAUGCUACAGAGGCUGCACUUGCAACCAGGCUACCCACCCUCAACUCCAGAAGUUCGCUGUUGGUCUCCUAAUUAUCCUCAUAGUGUCAUAUGUUCCUGGGAUGAACAACCGGAGCCAACGCUGCCAACAAGCUACAUCGCCACCUACAGCUUGCAACACUCCAGAGAAGUGCUGCCAUGUCAUAGUGUCCCAGACGCUAAUCGCCGCUGUGUGAUGCAGGGGAUGAAGCUCUUCAGUAUUGACCACUACAUAUUCAAUGUCACAGCUAUAAACCCGCUGGGCUCGUCUACCCGCCUUCUGCUCUUCACCCUGGAGGAUAUCGUAAAACCAGACCCCCCAGUUAACGUGAGGGUUGUACCAGGCUUCACUAAGCAGCUGAUCGUAGAGUGGGCUCCACCCCCUACCUGGACUAACCUCCCAUACUUUCCACUCAAAUACAAAGUGAGGUUCUAUAGGAACAGCAAGGCCUCUGCACGCAUUCUCGGUCCAUACGAGUCUUUAAAGAUGACUCUGAAGGGGCUUUUACCGGGGAGCACGUACUACAUCCAGAUCUCUGCCCAGGAACUGCUGGACGUGGGCCAGAGCAGCGACUGGACCACGCCUAUAACAGCCACAGUAGCUUGACAGCCCCCCUUCCAUGCAAGUCUCACGUCCUCAGAGCUGCUUCCCGCAAGUACUGUGGCACCCAAAACUGCGUGAUUACCUCCCUCAGUUGCCUAAACAUCCACAAACUUUUUACCUACGUCUUGACAUACUCCUUAUCCUUCAAGUACACCCUUUAAAGACCUCAGAUACAAUUCAUCAUGAAAUUACAAAAAUGAGCAGACCCGCGUGACACCUAUGGCACCUUUGAGACACAGUGUAAUGUAGGUUCUGAAAUAUACAUCAAACCAGCUGAAUAAAUUAUUACAGUGAAUCCUCCACAAUGCAUUCUGGGCUCUACUCUUAAAUGAUCUCAUUCUGUAGGACUCGAAGUAACCAGAUGGAAAAACAUAUGCACCACCGCUUACCUCAUGCCAGAACCAGGAAAUGCAAAUAACAAUGAAUUAAAAAGGUAUUUUGGUAUGUAUACUAAUCAUUUUAACACUGGUACAUAAUUUCUUAAUUAGGGAACUUAUUUGGUAACUUUCUAAUAUUGUCAAUACGUAACAUAGGAUAUCAAAUUUAAACAUGCUCACAAAAACAUACGGUUAGAAAAAUAAUUCAUAAACAUAAAACACAGAAUUUUAAGGCAAUAUUAGAUGAGAAAAUUAUACAUUUUAUUCCAAUUGUGAUACAAAACAUAAACACGCAAUAAAAAGCAUUACAUAAUAUGGUAAUGGAUACAUUUUAGGUCUAAAUUUUAUCUGGCUGCUGGGGUAUAUUUUGGGAUAUCUCACUUUGCACCGCAGUUCAUUUAGACCUCCAUAUGAGAGAUAUGCGCAAAUAAUGAGAUUCCAUUUCUAAGUGCCAACCCUGAUCGUCCUUAGCAGCAGACUGCGGCAUGUGUCAGUUUAUUGUGACACCGGGGUUCACAGAGGUCUGUAUUAUAACAUGAGCAACUGCGCAAAAGAAUGUCUAAUAGCACAAAGUGGUUGUAUCAGUGUAUUAUAAUUCUUACAUGUUUAAAAUAACAUUAAUGAUGCCGGUUGUGGUUUUUGUGGUUUCAUUUAUUUUCAGCUCGUUACAAUUCAAUCUGAAGACUGCCACAGUCUAACGCCAGUAUCAAGAUAAACUGCAAAUAUGUUUUCUCCAUACGUACUAUAAAAAAUAACAAGAAGGUUUAGAUUUUCUAGAAACUUAGAGGUCCACUCUUCCACACAUUUACCACCAAAGUCCAUACGCUGGACUUUCCAUUUCAAAUUAGAGACCCCGCUGAAGUGAGCCGAAAUGUUAUACAUGAAUGUCCGACAAGCAACAUUAUAGGAAACGUUCCUUUUACAUAUGACAUUACAA